CUUAAGUGGAGCCCAGUCCCUGCCCCCCUACCUCUUGUGAGCUGCCUAGAACAUAUAAAACCUGGUCUGUGCACCCAUACACACACACAAUCCCACCCCACAUCCACAGACAGCCAGAGCCUCUCAGUCUCCACCAUGAAGAUAACCAUCGUAACCACUAUGGUCAUGCUGUCCAUCUGCUGCAGCUCAGCUUCUUCAGACAUCUGCCCAGGAUUUCUUCAAGCCCUCGAGGCCCUCUUCAUGGGCACAGAGUCCAGUUAUGAGGCAGCCCUGAAGCCUUUCAACCCUGGCUCAGACCUGCAAAAUGCAGGAAUCCAGUUGAAGAAACUGGUGGAUACCCUCUCCGAAGAGACCAGAAUAAAAAUCAUGAAUCUCACGGAGAAAAUCCUAACAAGUCCUCUGUGUAAGCAAAAUACAAAGGUCUGAAGCUCACUGGAUUUCAAAGAUAUGCUACUGCUAAACGCCCCUGCCAUUGCCCCGUGCCUCCUUGACCUCUCCCUAU